AUGACUCUCAAUUCAUCAAUUCCGCACCUCCGACAAUCAGGAAACACCAAGCAACUCGUUGUUCAUGGCAAGCCGUACCUUAUGUUAGGCGGGGAACUGCAAAAUUCAUCGCUUUCGUCUGCCGAAUACAUGAGCGAGAUCUGGCCUAAGAUGGUCGCAACGAAUGUCAAUACUCUACUUGGCUCCGUCAGCUGGGAGAUGAUCGAGCCCGAAGAAGGCAGAUUUGACUUCGAAGAGCUGGAUAAGGUCAUCUUGGGUGCUCGAGAUCAAGGCUUGCAUUUGAUCUUGUUGUGGUUCGGAUCGUUCAAGAAUGGCAGGUCGACAUACACUCCCACGUGGGUGAAAACGAAUCCUACACGUUUCCCACGCGCCGAGCUUCGCAAUGCAGGAGGCGUAAUUGAGGUCGCGGAUGUGCUGUCUCUGUUUCACGAUCAGAACGUUGAAGCGGACGCGAGAGCAUUCCAAAAGCUGCUUGCUCACCUCAAAGAGGUAGACGAGAAACACGGUACCGUACUAAUGGUGCAGGUAGAGAAUGAAGUCGGUCUUCUGUUCGACAGCCGGGACGGAAGUGCAGAAGCUAACAAAGUCUUUUCCGAACCAGUACCUGCAGAGCUUCUUCAGUUUUUGAGCAACGACUAUGAUCAACUACACGCCGAUCUCAAGGCCAACCUCCAAACCUUUGUCGCACGAUCGAAGCCACAGUCUGGUACUUGGGAGGAAGUGUUUGGCGUCAGCAGCAGGACUGACGAGCUCUUCAUGGCGUAUCACUACGCACACUACGUUAAUCGUGUAGCAGCGACUGGGAAAUCCGAAUACCCACUCCCGCUAUACACCAAUGUAUGGCAGAACUAUGAUGGGGAGGAUGCUGACAAUGGUACCCCUGUUGUUGUUGGCGGAGGCGGGGAACCAGGUGAUUACCCUUCUGGUGGCGCGACAAGCAAUGUUCUAGAUAUCUGGCUACGAUUUGCACCUGACCUCGACUUCAUUGCGCCGGACAUCUACCUUAACGAGUACACUGGCCUAUGCGCCAAGUACCGGCAUCGCCAUAACACGCUUUUCAUUCCUGAGCAGCGAAGAGAUGAGUACGGCGUUCGGCGCAUCUGGAUAGCCUACGGAACCUUUCAAGCUCUGUUAGCCAGCCCCUUUGGCAUCGACACGUUGGAGCCGGAAAGCAAUCCUUACACAAAACACUAUGGACUGUUAUCACAGGUUUCUCAAAUUGUGCUAGAAGCCCAACGUAAUCCGGGUUCAUCGGUUGGCUUCUGUUUCGAUGAGAUGGUCGGCGAUAGAGACCCAUCUAAACCCAUCAAGCAACGUUUCGGCGACUGGGACAUCACUGUUGAGCGUUCUUUCGUCUUUGGCAAGCCCGGUACCGGCAGCGGUAUCGUCAUUCAUCGUGGUGGAGCGCGCUUUCUACUCAUCGGCUGGGGGUUCCAGGUGAUGGGUCGAUCGACAAACGCCGACACGAGAUUCAACGGCAUCCUAAAAAACGAAGAGAAGAUCGUGGACGACAUAGCGACAGGCAGAUUACGAACACUUAGGACGCUGGGUGGCGAUGAGACGAGGAGUGGAGCAAACGCGAUGAUGCCAAAUGAGGAUCCCGACUAUGGAGGGUUCCCCAUUGCUAUUACGAUUCCGGCAAAGACAGGUAUCGCUGAAGUCGAAUUCUACUCUUUUUGA